CCCCUUCUAACCCUCAGGCGUCUCCCUUAUCCUCCUCCUCCUCCACCCUUUGCAGUGACACGCCUCACCCAACGCAGCCCAGUCCGCCCCAAGAGGCCCCCGUGUCGAACAGUCAGAGAGCCCCCAGUCUGUCCCCGGCGCGCAGACAGAGCGGUGGGACUUCGCCACACACAUGAAGGAAACAAGAGGGUGGUUGUCCGUGCACGUGGUGGCGGUGAUGGUGGUGGCCGUGGCCGUGGGUGAUGUCACCGCUAAACUAACAGUGAAUGAUGACACACGCCGCGCCGUCGCCAACCACGUGGAGGACCAGUUUUUGGAUGACGCCCUUAUGAACUGGCUGGACAAUUUUGGCAUGUACACUUUCAUGGUUAAACAGGACUUGGACUCUCACGCCGGCGACCCUGACGAAGGCGGCGCAGAAACAGAAGAGCAACAACAGGAGAGUGGUGCUGUCGAGGUGCAGGGAGGAGCAGGGGAGGAGGUGGAGGAGGAAGGGGAUGCUGUGGAGGAGUGGAGCGCCCCUAUCGCAGUCUCAACAGGACAGCGGAGCCUUUUGAAUCCACACCACGAUUACUUAGUGACGGUGGAGUCCCUGGUGGCAGAAGAAGGAUCUAUUUUCAUGACUCUUAGCAAAUACGAAAACCAAACAAUAUGCGGCGUUGGGGGCUUGUCGCUGGAGGAGGAGAUAAAGCAAGUGUCGAGAACUGGCGGCGGUGGGUUUGAUGUUGCGCAAGAAAGAGAAUCUGGCGACGAUCACACCACGUUCAUCGCCUUUGCUCUGCAGCAGGAGGGAACCACGAACUCCACGGACUCCGGAUGGAUAGCAGUCAGCGAUCAGUACUGGUGGGCGAGCGGACAGCUAACCGGAGGCAGCAUGUUAUCCAUUACAUUCACGCCGCCAGAGUGUGGAUGUCUGGCUCUCAGUACGUACUUUGCCCUGCCCGUUGGAAACCUGACGCUGGUGGUGGGACCCCAAGCUUACCCCGAUGAGCUGCAAACCCUUCUGUGUGUUGACCCACUUGCGUCUGUUCCGGAUCAUGACUACAAGGAUGAAGAUCAAGAGGAUGGUGGAGCAGAGGAAGAGGAUGGGAUCGACUAUCUUCAACAACCGAGUGCUUUGGUGGCCUCUAGGAACCCUGGGGAGGAGGUGCAGGAGACCGAGGCCCAGGAGACCCCACAACUGCAGCCUACAGCCUCGACCCAGAAGAAGAAAAUGUCAAGGGAGGAGAAGAAGAUGGCGAAGAAGACAAGAAGACAAAUGAAGAGGCAGAGGAUAAGACAAGCUGGCAGGCGGCAGGCGAGACAAGGCCAACCCAACGGCGGCAGAGGCACCACACGACGCUGGAACCGCAAAAAGAAUCAGCGCAAGAGGACGCGGGUUUGGAAGAAGCUAAACAAAAGGGGCAGGAAAGGAAGGCGCGGGAAGAUGGGCGCCAAACACCACCACCACCACCACCACGACCACGACGAAGGAGUCAAUGGAACCUCCCCAGACGAUAUAAUGCAACACUACCCCCUUCACCUCCACCACCACCACCACUCUGCCAUGGCCACCAACACCUCAACCAUCCAGGAGGAGCGAUUAGUGGACAUUCUAUUACGGGACCUGCACGUGGAGAACUCAACUUUGGAGGAAGAGGAGAGUGCAGUGGGCGAGGGAGAGGAAGGUGACGCCACGAUAACAGAAGAAGGGGGCGACGGAGAGGGAGAGGGAGAGGGAGAGGAGGCCCAGACACCAAGGCAACGAAGGAAGAACCGAAGACAACGUAAAAAGAAAAUGCGUAAACAAAGAAGAAAGGUGUAUGGCCCGGGAGUCAAGUUCUGUUGCAAGCAAGGCAUUAAGCAUAAGAAGAACAUUCUGGAAAUCGACAAUACAUCAGUGACCUUACCUCAGUCGUGCAACAUAAGCAGUGACGUGGUGAUCACCUUCGCCAACCACCAGUUCGGCAUUGAGGAAGAUACCUGCGCCAUCACCUCCACCACCUGCUGCGAGAGGUUCACAGAGGAGAUGUGGGAGGGCAUUAAGGCAAGGAAGGAAGCACGCAAGACGGAAAGAAAACAGCGUCGUAAGUCCCGGCGCCAAGAUCGCAAACAACGGCGGAAACAAGAGCGGCGACUUCGUAAGGGGAUGAGGAGGCAAGCCCACGCCCGCCACCACGACCCCGAGGAGUGCGCAGAGGGAGACACUUGUGGACACGCGAAGUAGUGGGCGGUGGGUUGAGAACAUAUGUCACGUACGGUCGUGAUUAGAAGUCGAGUAACACGCCUGAUUCACUUCCACUGUGUUCAUGUGCAGCGUUCCGUCAGGCUGGAGUCCUCUGCUGAUACUCUCCUUACAAAGCCUGACAGUUGAUCUAUUCCUUACGAAACUGAUUCCUUACAGUAAAUAAAUAAAUUAAUAAAUGAAAAUUGAUACCUAAAUAAUAAUAAUAAUAAUAAUAAUAAUAAUAAUAAUAAUAAUAAUAAUAAUAAUAAUACCCAAUAAAGAUCUUCAGCGUGGAAAGCGCAGUUUCAGAAGAUCAAGAUCAGGGUUGGAAUAUUCAUCUUCAGUGCAACGCUUCGGAACAUGUAAGUAGAUUCCGAAGCGUUGGGUUAAAGAUGUAGAUUCCAAGUCUGGUCUUGAUCUCAUUCUAAAACUGAUUAUUUACAGAAACUGAUUCCUUAAAAAGAAAAAAAAAAUGUGAAUCAGUAAGUAACUAAUUCUUAUAAAAACUAAUUAUUUACAAAAACUGAUCGUUACAUAAAAAUAAAUAAAUAAAUAAACAAAACAACUAAAUAUAUAAAAAUGAAUGACAAAACAAUUCACUCGUUUCAAAGACGGAUUCCUUAUAUAACUCGUUCCUUACAAAACUGACAAAUCUUACAAAACCAAACCAGUGAUAAAUUCCCAGCAUACCAGAUGACGUAAUACUGAAGGAGGAUGCUAAGCACAGUGAAAGUGAAUGUGGCAGGUUACUUAAACUCACGCCUCAGCCACACCAGAAGUAGACAACACAGCAGACACGCACAUCCGGCCCAUGUCUUGGCUUUCUCUCUUGAAAUGUUAAAGUGAAGGGCAUUCUUAAGCUAAAUAUCAAGCCACUUAAUAAUCUCCUAAUUUCCUUGUGCUCGCAGUGUUGUUCAGUAAGGACUUUAGGAUGAAAAUGUUGCCACACCUCCUUUUACUGCCCCUCGCCCCUAUGUAGUCUUUCCACCUCCCUAGUGCAAGAGUUAACCAGUAUUCUCCGUUGCCUCACCUCCUUCCUCUAGCCCCCUUGUAGUCUGUCCACCUCCCUAGUGCAAGAGUUAACCAGUAUUCUCAGUCUCAUCUCUUUCACUGGUAAACUUUGCAAUUCCCUGCCUGUUUCUGUAUUUCCUCCUACCUAUGAUUUGAACUCUUUCAACAUGGAGAUUUCAAGACACUUCUAACUCUUGGAUAUUCCUUUAAACUUUUUUUUUUUGGGGGGGAAAUUGGUACCUUGUUCUUUUUUUUUUCUUGUAGUUUCUUUUUAUUGUCCUUGAAUAAAUUCCUUCUUACAUUAAAAAAAAAGAAAGAAAGAAAGAAAGAAAUUGUAAUAAUUGGGCGACCAUGCACAGUUCUUGCCUUGUCUACUCCUGGUCCGCGGGUAUCUGUGGUCCGUGACACCUGGGAAUACACUGAAGCGUGUUUCCACAUCGCAGUAAAGACAUAGGUGGCAUCAAACUUGCCUUCACACCUUUGUACGACGGCAGUAUCCUCGGGUGGUUGUAAGGACUUAGGAUUAUAUCUAGCGGUCAUGGUAGGAGGGUCACUGUUGAGGCUACGGGCUAAACCUCUCUCACUUAAAUUUAAUCUUUCCUAUCCUAACCUAACCUCACUUCAUUGACCCCUGAAAGUAAAUGAACAAAUCUGCUCUUCACCUCAUCCCUUAGGUCAUAACAAACGUGCCCUAACAACACUUCAUGACCAUCACUCGUUUAGCUGUCACCAUUGUAUUCUGCACAGCGAGUACCCUCAUUUAGUAUUAGCCAGUAGGAUUAUGCAGUGAAUAGGCAUCUGAUAAGGGCUGAGCUGGGUAGAAUGCGCGUUCACUCUACAGUGGUUAAUGGAUGGCUGUUUCGAAGCUUUAAAGUGCCCCUUCGUGGAACCCAAAGCUUCAUUCUCGUGAAAUCGAAGCAGUAGCAACCAAAAACAAGAAGACGUGUUAAUAGUGCUAGUUAUAUUAUUCUCUCUCUCUCUCUCUCUUCUUUUUAUGUAUUGAUUAUUUGUAAGUUUCCUGUUCAGUUCUUAUAUACAGUGAGCAAAAUACACGUUCAAAUUUAUGAGAGAGAGAGAGAGAGAGAGAGAGAGAGAGAGAGAGAGAGAGAGAGAGAGAGAGAGAGAGAGAGAGAGAGAGAGAGAGAAACCUGCCUGUGGACUUAAGAAUGGAAGAAGGAAAGUAAGCUUUAGGUAAAGGAAGUGGCAAGGUCGUUUGCACGGAAAUUCCAUGGGGGGGUGAGAGAGUGAGAGAAGGAGGGGGAGGCGAGGCAAGGAACAUGAGCUGUGGAAACGAACUUGUGAAUGAACGUGGUGACCGAAGGAGAAAAAGGGAGUGGCAAGGACGUUAGGAGGGAGUGGCAAGGACGUUAGGACGAAAUUUCAAGAGAGAGAGAGAGAGAGAGAGAGAGAGAGAGAGAGAGAGAGAGAGAGAGAGAGAUUAUUAUUAUUUUUUUUCUACUGACUUCAAAGUUUCAUCAGCUGUUCGAGUUGCGUUUCGUGAAGCAGUUACGCUGAGAAAACUUAAGUUGCUGACUAAAUGGAAAAAUAAAUAAAUAAAUAAGUAAAUAAAUAAAUAAAUAAAAGACGUGCAUUCUACCCACACUCGAGUCAACUUUUUGCUACAUAUAAAGAUGCCAUUGAAGUUGUUGUUUUUUUUUUUCUUCUUCUUUUUCUUUCACUUAGUAUGUUAAGAGUCAUACGAGUCAUUCUCCCACACGGAUCAUUGAAGCAGCGCAGCAGGUGUGUCGGUCCUUGCAUCUAAAUGAACUGCGGACAAGACUCACUCCCCAUGCACUGUUGGACACAUUAAGAACGACUUGGACUACAUUCUGUACUUCGCAUUUCCAUUUUCGUUUUUUUUUUUUUUUUUUUUGCCUUUUUCAAUAAACGUAUCUUGUAUUA